CCCAGCGUGUACCCCUGCAACACGGAAGCCUUGCAUGCCCAGGCCCGCGGGGAAGGGGGCAGCAGAGGCGUGAGGGCUAUGUGUGGAGCACACUCAGUGCUGCCCGAGGCUCUCCAGACCCAGGACAAGCUGAUGGGCAGGAUUCAUGUGUACCCAGAGCAACCCUGGGACAGAGGUUUUCACAAAGCCUUUAGACUUCUUGAAGCUUCCGCUGAAGGCUCAGCACAGUUUGGAUCUGUUUGGGGAGUCUGAACCUACAGGCGUUAAGAGGUCUUCACAGUUACCAGCAUCUGCUGAUAAAGGGUGCAUCUUCCCGUGGCUGCCGAGGUGUAGCGGCAGAGGAAGUGGGCUCAGCCAGCACCGCUCAGGUCGCAGGUCAGGGAGCGCGCGCCAUGCGGGGGAGGUGGAGGGUGGACACGCUCCCUGGCGCCUGGCCACCAGAACCUAAAAGAAGGUCUCCACUGAGGCCGAUGAAGCUCUGACCAAGGGCAUCUGAUCCUCCGCAGCUGUCGGCCCUGCAGCCACAGCCACAAGUCUAUGCCCGGCCCCCGCUUGCUUUGGGACUCUGUGCAGCCUCCAGGCCCCCGCCGUGGAGACUGGAGAUGAACGCGAAGGCAGCACGCGGGUGCGCCCCCUGAUGCUCCCGGCCUAGCUCCUCCUCGCCCUUUGGCACGAUGCUGGCCAACUUCUCGGCCAACGACUCUGAUCUCAGGUGCCCGGACCACCAGCCCAUCCACCACCUGCACUUGGUGGUCUACAGCCUGGUGCUGGCGGCAGGGCUCCCCCUCAACGCGCUGGCCCUCUGGGUCUUCCUGCACGCGCUGCGCGUGCACUCGGUAGUGAGCGUGUACAUGUGCAACCUGGCGGCCAGCGACCUCCUCUUCACCCUGUCGCUGCCCUUGCGCCUCUCCUACUAUGCGCAGCACUACUGGCCCUUCUCGGACCUCCUGUGCCAGCUGGCGGGCGCCGUCUUCCAGAUGAACAUGUACGGCAGCUGCAUCUUCCUGACCCUCAUCAACGUGGACCGCUACGUCGCUAUCGUGCACCCGCUGCGGCUGCGCCACCUGCGGCGGCCCCGCGUGGCGCGGCUGCUCUGCCUGGGCGUGUGGGCGCUUAUCCUGCUGUUCGCCGUGCCCACCGUCCUGGUGCACCGGCCCUCACCCUGCGCCCGCGACGGCCGCUGGGUGCACUUGUGCUUCGAGAACUUCAGCGACGAGCUGUGGAAGGGCAGGCUGCUGCCGCUCCUGCUGCUAGCCGAGGCGCUGGGAUUCCUGCUGCCCCUGGUAGCCGUGGUCUACUCUUCGGUCCGUGUCUUCUGCACCCUGGCGCGGCCCGACGCCACGCGGAGCCAGCGGCGGCAGAAGACGGUGCGCCUCCUGCUGGCCAGCCUGGUCAUCUUCCUGCUGUGCUUCGUGCCCUACAACGCCACGCUGGCCGUGUACGGGCUGCUGCGCGGCCACGUGGUGCUGGCCAGCCCGGCGGCGCGCAACCAGGUGCGCGGGGUGCUGAUGGUCAUGGUGCUGCUGGCCGGCGCCAACUGCGUGCUCGACCCGCUGGUGUACUACUUCAGCGCCGAGGGUUUCCGCAACACCGUGCGCAGCCUGAGCUCUCCGCUCCGGGCCAGGACCUCGGCCACCAACGGGGCUCGGGGGGCACUCGCCGAACCAACCGCUGAGACCUCCCACGCCACCGUGCCGGCCGCCGCCAGCCAGGGGCUGCUCCGGCCCUCCGACCCCCGGGACUCCUUCACCCGGUGCUCCGAGGACUCGUCCCUCUGAACGCACGUCGUGCCAGAGCGCGGUCCCCUCACCCCACCCCCACGUCUCUCGCACUCGCAGACACGCAGGGUGUGUGCACAGCAGGGCGGUGGGUUGGGCACUUGGACUUCUGAGCGGCAGCUCCAGCUCACAGAUGCAGAAGGGAACAAAGUGUGGGGGGCAGGGGCCCGGGGAGGGAAGAGCGCGGCUGCAAACGUCUUUAACUAGGUGGUGAUGGCGAGCGCAGAAGGACCUCUUCCUUAGUACCUAGGAAGUGCUGCCGUGAGCCUACCCGUGCAGAGGCGGGAGACUGGAUGAAAUGCCCUUGGCGGGGCCUGAAACACGGCCCGGCCCGUAGCUGGUAGCUGGAGCAGAAGAUGGGUGUCCUGCGUUUAGACCGACCACAGAGGUCUUUGGGCCAUGGACGCCACCCACUCCCCUUUCCACCUGGGCUCUGCCUGCCCAGCACUGAGGCGUAAUGUAAAAGCGUAUUGGAUGCCGGCUGAAUUGGUUUCCUUCUUGUCUAGUGACUUUUAACAAUUUAGAUCUGACGCCCAGCGUGGGUGGGUGGGGGCAGAGGGGGUUUUCCUCCGAGUUCCUGGUCACUGUUCCCCUUUCUAGGUCCUGCCUUCCCCUUCCACCUCACCCACCCUUUCAAAAGCUCCUCCAUUCUAGAUCGUAAAUCCCCACCACCACCACCGUGUGUGUGUGUCUCUGCUGCUUCGUCUAGAAUAAGGAGAACAUUCUCUGUACUAAAGUAGUAGUUCUCCAAUUUUGGGGUCUCAGACCCUUUUACACUCUUAAAAAUGGAGAAUUCCAAAGAGAGUUUGCUUAUACUUUGUCCUUUUGAUACAUGACCAUAUUAGAAAUCAAAAAUAGUAAGUUUUCUAAAACAGAAAUACCCAAGCACACAUUCCAAUAGCUAUGAGAGCAAGUGUCAUCACACUUCAUGAAGCCUCUGGAAAACUCCACCGUCUACUCGUGAGACAAUGAGUGAAAAGGACAAAAGACAUCUUAGUAGUAGUAUCAUGAAAACGGUUUUGUUCUCGUGGACUUCCUCAAAGAAUCCAUCCUCAGAUCACACUUGGAGAGCCAUACCUGUACUGGAGUAUUAGAGUCAUGUGUAAAGUCUUCCCAGGCCAUUAUGUACAUUGCUUUUAUCGCUGCAAGGAGAGGGCAACGCUCAGCAAAUCAAUUGCUAAUUGUAGUCCGUAAG